UUUUCCACUUGACAAUUAUUUUGAGCUUUGCCUAUGUGGCCCUGAAAGCUGUUCAGCUGUAUCGGAAAAAACAGUACCUGGUCAAAGUUCUCAGAUGUUUUCCAGGACCUCCAGCGCACUGGCUAUAUGGCCAUAUCAAAAUGGUAAGGUGGUUGUGCAGGCGGUAUGUAUGUGGCAGAGCGAGGGGGGUAGAGAAAGUGUCUUUAUGUAUUUACUAAGCUUUAUGCUAAGAAAGUAAUGGAUCAAUGCCCACAUUCUUCUGUGUUAUGUAAACAUAAGUGAGAAAUGUGCUUUUCGCUUGCUUUUUCUACUAAUACAGAUUUAGGAGAAGGUCUUCACCCUUUCAAAUGUAAGGAAAAGUCUGCUUGCACUUUUAAAAGUGCUGUGUAAUGUUUGUCCACAUUUGCAAGAAGUAAAUAUUUUUGUGUGCUUUGGGACUCCCUCUUUAUUGACACUAGGCAGGCACCCUCACCACAGUGGUUUGGACACUGACUGAACACGUCUUUAUUUCAGCAAGCACCUCAAAGUGCAAGUAGAUAAAUAGGUACCGCUACAGUGGGAAGGUAAAUGGCGUUUCCGUGUGCUGCUCUGGUUCGCCAGAAGCGGCUUAGUCAUGCUGGCCACAUGACCCAGAAGCUGUACGCCGGCUCCCUCGGCCAAUAAAGUGAGAUGAGCGCCGCAACCCCAGAGUCGUCCGCAACUGGACCUAAUGGUCAGGGGUCCCUUUACCUUUAAUCUCUGAGUCUCAGUACUCUCUGUUUUUUAUUUGUCCAAACUUAAAUCUGGUUCUCCACAUUUCUGCAGUAACUUGCAAAUUAUGAUUUAAAAAAUAUAUAUAUUCAUGAAAAUGAUUUAGCAUUUUACCGCAAAUGUCUCAUAAGAAACACAUUUUCAAUGCACUUUUAACUAAUACACAUUUUUGAAAACAUUUUCCCCCUAUACAGUACUGUGUAUCUUUGUACAUUAUUUUCACAUACGUUUAUUUAUUUUUAUGCACACCUUUACCUAAUAUAUACAUUUUUUCUAAACUUUGUUUGCUUGGAGAACUGCAUCACAAAAUUCAAAGUAAAUGUGAAUUUCACACGACGGUUGUGUUUUGAUUCUCAUAUUGUUUUGGAACAUGGAAAUUUUGCAUAUCUACCUUUAAAUGUGAACUGAAUCAGCAUCCCUACUCAGGAGUUCAGUUUACAUUCCAAGCUAGAGAAGAGCUUUUGGGGGACAUUGUGCUCAGUUCAGAACAUCGCUGAACAUUAUGAAUGGAACUAAGUCAUAUUCCAAGGUAAAUAAUUGCAAACUGCAGCAACACACUAGAGAUCAGCUAUAGCAGAUCUGCCAGCCAUUAUGCUAAGCUAAGUUGCAAGGGGUGCUUCAUGCCAUUACUUCCUCAUAUCUUGUUUGUUUCACACUUUUUGAAAUGCAAGGAAGCAACAUAUGAUGGAAUUUCCCAUCACGUUUGUACUAAAAGCUUUCAGCCAUUGCCAGAUACAGGGCUGAACUGCAAACAUUUAAUCCAACAUUCAGAAACCAAAGAAUCUACUCAGCCAGUAGAAACAAACAUUUCUUCUUGAGAGCACUUUGAAGGAAAAUAAUAGAGAACCUCAUAUAAUCUGUGCUGAACACGAAGAGCAGCAUAAACAGCAUGUUAUGUGCUCAUGACUUAAGGACUUUAAGAUGAUAUGAUUAUUCCACACCCAUCCUACAUUCUAGAAGUAUAACAUUAACUUGGCCUUGACUGAUACCUGCUGAAUAUUUUCUUAUCAUUAGGUACUUGUGGUCGGGGGACAAAGUGCCAAUUUGGAAUGCCAUUCCAUUAUGAAAAAAAUGAGAAGGAUUUUGAGUGCAAAAUUGUACAGCUGUGACUCACGUGUUAUGGAACUCUCAAGCUUUUCAAUUCAGGGAUGAAACCGGAAGAAGAAUUCCUGAACAUAGCUGCAUGGACAGAAAAGUACCCACACUGCCAUCCACUUUGGUAUGGAAAUUUCUUGGCUUUCCUGGCCCUCAACCACCCUGAAUAUGCAAAGGCAGUGUACAGCAGAGGUGAUCCUAAAGCUCUUAUAACAUACGACUUCCUAAUUCCAUGGAUUGGAAGAGGGCUUCUAAUCCUGAAUGGGCCAAAGUGGCAGCAGCACCGGAAACUGCUGACUCCCGGAUUCCAUUACAAUAUUCUGAAGCCUUAUGUGACUCUUAUGGCAGAAUCAGUCCAAGAUAUGCUGGAUAUAUGGGGGAAGCUGGUACCAAAGAAUGGCACAGCAUCAGUGGAGAUGUUUGAACAUGUCAGUCUGAUGACUCUCAAUACUAUUAUGAAAUGUGCCUUCAGCUACCAGAAAAAUGCUGAAACGGAAAAAGACAAUUCCUACAUUCAAACUGUAUUUGAUCUCAGCUCCCUGUUUUAUCAGAGACUGAAAACACCUUGGCAUCACAAUGAGCUCAUUUACCGGUUGAGCUCCAAAGGGUGUCGGUUUUACAAAGCAUGCAAAAUUGCCCACCAUCACACAGAGAAGGUAAUAAGAGAGAGGAAGGAUUCCCUCAAGAAUGAGAAAGAGCUUGAAAAGAUUCUGAAGAAGAGGCAUUUGGACUUCCUGGAUAUUCUUCUUUGUGCAAAGGAUGAAAAUGGAAAUCCAUUGUCGGAUGAAGACAUACGUGCAGAAGUGGACACAUUCAUGUUUGAAGGUCAUGAUACCACAGCUAGUGGAAUCUCUUGGCUCUUUUAUUGUAUGGCCCAGAACCCUGAGCAUCAGCAGAGAUGCAGAGAGGAGAUCAUGGAGCUUCUUGGGCAACAGGAGGAUAUUCAAUGGGACGACUUGGGAAAGAUGACGUACAGCACCAUGUGCAUUAAGGAGAGCCUUCGGCUUUAUCCUCCAGUACCUCUCAUAGCACGAGAACUGAAUUCACCUGUGACCUUUGCUGAUGGACGAAGCUUACCAAAAGGCUUUCUAACUGCAUUGGAUGUUUAUGGUCUUCACAGAAAUCCUGAGGUUUGGGACAAUCCUGAGGAAUUUAAUCCUCUAAGAUUCUCCACAGAGAAUUCAAAGAAUCGCCACCCAUAUGCUUUCUUGCCUUUUGCUGCAGGGCCAAGGAACUGCAUUGGACAACAGUUUGCCAUGAAUGAAAUGAAGGUUGCUCUUGCCCUGACACUCCAGUGCUUUGAGCUUUUGCCUGAUCCUGCCAACCUCCCGAUUCCCAUGCCGCAAGUUGUCACCCGAUCCAUGAAUGGGAUCUAUCUGAAGCUGAAGGCUCUCCACUGAUGCUUGCU